UUCCAUCAUUAUGGCUGCUCCCGCAGUCGAAGCUGUCAAAGCGGAAAAUGAAAAUGUUUCCAGUACAGCUAGCCCAAAAUUACCCAGAGCAGCGAUCAGCAAGAUCGAACACUCAGAACAAAAAGGGGUUCCUUUAAACACCCCAUGGACAUACUGGCUCGACAAGUCAGUUCCAGGUCUUACAGCAGCUGAAUAUGAAGCUACGCUUCGAAAGUUGUAUACUGUCAGCACAGUGCAGGGAUUCUGGAGUGUAUAUAACAAUAUACCAGAACCAGAGAAGCUAAAUGUUCGCUACUGCUACCAUUUAAUGCGAUAUGAAAUCAAACCAAUGUGGGAAGACAGUGCAAAUCUGAAAGGUGGCAACUGGAGGAUAAAAGUGUAUAAAGAAGACACAAAUGCAGUUUGGAAAGAACUACUUUUAGCAGCAAUAGGGGAGCAGUUUUCAGACAGCAUGGCAAAAGGUGACGACAUCAAUGGAAUCAGUGUCAGUAUAAGAGAGAGAGAUGAUAUAUUGCAAAUUUGGAACAAAGAUUCAUCCUUAGCAGACCAGUCAACAAUAGUAGAAAAAGUAAAAUCUUUAUUGCCACAUGUCCGAUUCUCAGCCAUGUUUUACAAAGCGUUUCAAACCCAUCAGGCAUUUGAGGGAGGUGCAUACUCCCAUCCCAGCAAGAGUUAGAGGUCCAUUUCUGUAACCUACCAAAGACUGUGAUGGUUCUAAGGACAACACACACACAGAGACAUACACUCACUGGCGUGAACUGGCGCCCUCUCCUGGUGACUGGAGGUCAGAGGUCACUGAACUCUCAUGAUGAAGGCUGUGUUUGUAGUUUAGCUGUGAAAGAUGUAGAAUCAUGGGAUCUGCCACUCAAAGUGUAGGUGGCGCCACCAAACUAUAUACAUAAUAGAUGUAGAAUUAUGAACUUCUAAUAAUUGCUGGGCAAAGGGACAUAUAUUUGAGAAAGGUCAGUGUUGGCCUUGGUUUUGCAGUUAGUGCAAUAUGAACCACUGCUUAUAGGAGGGAUGCUGACCCUGCACCAUAGGUGGCAGCACCAACCAAUGCAGCUUGUUCUAUAGUAGGUGGCAGAACAGUUUAUUCCAUAGGUAUCUUUCACCAAACUACAGACGACAGUGUUUCCCACAGGUGGCAGCAGUAGUCAUCAGGGAGGAGACAGUGGCAGCUGGGAGAGGGCUCAUGUUCUCAUAGUGAGUAACUUUCCAUACAGAAAUGGAUGGACUUCAAAUGAUUAGCUUACAAGCAAUUUCUGGCUGUGUUUUGCACAGGCAGCUGGCACUUUCUAUGAAGUGUAAAGUCAUAAGGUUCUUCUAAUAUAUGACUUUGAGAACUGCAUUCCUAGAGUAAAGCUUCUAUCAAUAAUGACAUCAGUUUUGUAAAUGUGCAGGGAGAGAGAAAGACAUCUGCACUGAAUGUGACAUGUUAACCUUUGAGGGGAGUCAUUUUGAAAAGUCUACAAGGUACUAAAUUCAGUUGAUCAAACUGUGUAUGAAAAGUUAAAUUAAGCAAGCUUUAUGUUGUGAUUUUGGUGGAGUGCUAGUUUUGGUGAUAUUGUCCACCAUAUGACUUGUAAACCAGUGUUCAUCAGUAGCUUAAUUGCUAAUGUUUGUGCCAUCUCACUGCCGCCUCUUGCUAUCUGGAAUCUGACAACAGCUUACACACAUCUGGUCAAGACAAAAUAUUCCAGUGUAAUACACUGCCACACAGAACAUACCAUAUACUAUAACCCCCUCUCUGACAGCAGCUUACACACCAAUGGUCAAGACAAAAUAUCCCACAGUAAUACACUGCCACAUAGAACAUACCACAGACCACCCUCUGUAACAGCAAACCUGUUAUCAUUUCACCUAGAACUCAUUCACUGGCAUACAAACCAGCUAGUCCGUUUACCGCUGAAUAAAUCCCAAUGAUUGAUGUGGGUCACGUUGGUGCUCUCUCCUGGACCCACAUUGUGGUAAAGCUGUGGUCAGCAGUGUGGUUGAAUUCAAUGUUACUUCAUUUUGAAUUUGAGCAGUGGAUGUGUUGAUAGUUGUGUGAAUAUAAACUGACUGGGCAUUUAUUUAUUUUUUUAUUGUGCCAAUUGUAGCCAAACAUGUUCAGCCAAUCUACUUGAUUUUCACCAUGAUAAAUUCAUUGGCAGAAGCACCUGAAAUGAUUUGGUACCUGGGCCAGUAAGGUCUGAAUUCUGAAAACCAACAAUUAAAUGAGAGUAACAUGAUAAAUAUAUUAUGUAUAAUGAAAUCUGGUUUUUAGCUGUUAGUGAGGUAUGUAUUCAUUGAGGAUGUGGGGACAGAUACAGAUUAUAUUGUGGGAUAUCUCUUCUUUGAGUGAACAUUUACUUCAGUUGUUUGGGCAAAAUGUCAAUAAUGAAUAGAUAAUAGGGCAGAGUCACUCUGAAGUACUUAAUUGAUAAAAAUAUGAUUAUAUGGACAUAUAAGGUCUUAGAUACAGGCGAACAGUUGUCUUUUUCACUACUGUAAAAAAAUUUGUUUCAUAUUAAGAGUUAGUUGCUUUAUUUAGUAAAUAUCUGUUGAAAAAAAAAAUUGAAAAAAAGUUGACAAAGUGCAGUAGUCACCCAGUCAGGGUAAAUUUAAUGAAUGAAGGUUGUCACGGAGGUUGUUGUCACUGCAAAUGGAGGCAACCAUGCUACUUUUAGUUAACAGUUAAAGUAUUACGUGCAAAUAUUUGAAUACAGGUCUAAUUUAUAUAGAUUUAUACACACGGUUCAAACUGCUAUUUAUGUCCUGAAUUGUAUUAAAGUAAUACUGGGACGUGGCUGCAGGCCAGAGGUUCACAGUGAUAAAGCUGUAUGUUCAACCCACAGCUUUAGUUAAUGGGGUGAUACAUGUAGCAGUUAAGGGUGAUCAUUUGAUUGCGCUGCUGUUAACUCCUGUAGUGUCCAUAGCCAAGACAUGUCCAUAGCCUCCUGUAUGUGUGUAUUGGUACAGAGUACAUUUAAAAAGUAGUAGAAAGAAGGCUUGAGGCUUGCAGGAGACUGGUACUUCAACCAGUGAGAAGAGAGAGAGGGACCAUUCCCAGACCCUAUUGUAUUAACUGUGGAUCGAUCUAUCUCCAAGGUUAUUCUCACUAAAUUGCAAUCAACUUAAGCAGCUUAGAUGUCUGUCAGGCCUACUGAAAUUAUGGUUUAUCAGCUUCAGUAGGCAUGCCAGAGGUCUAAGCCGCUUAAGCUGAAAGC